AUGACGGCCGUCCAACACCAACCGAUUCCAGAUGCUCUUCAAGGGAAAAUCAAUCUGUUCAGAACAGCGACUGUACUUCGAAGAUUCCAAAUCAACACACAAUCGGAUGCUCUCUAUGUCAACCUCAACUAUUUGGCCGAACUAUCGGAAUAUUUCCAUGUCCUCCGUACCGGAUCAUACAGCGAGAACUUAUCGGAGAGGGUGAAUUUUGACGACGUCUUCACCGAAGAACUUGUCACGUUUCUGUCAUACGUGUGCCCGGAAGGAUUUGAGUUCGACCGCACUAUCAAUCGGUACAACAUCUCUCCGCUCGUCUACUUCUCGGAUCGCCUUAUGUUUCCAUGGGUUAAGCAAGAAAUCAAGAAAUACUUGAAAAGCGAUGACUUCAAGAAUGAGCCGUACGACACUGAGUCGCUGAUCGAUCUUGCUUACCUGCUUCAUUCGCAGGCGUACGCGUUAGUGACAAUAAAACACUGUUCAAUGGAACAGAAGGAAUAUAUUUACAGUACUGUUGAUAUCGAUCCGAUUUUCAAGAAGAUUGCUCGUCUCAGUGAUGUGUCUGUUGUGGACAAGGCAGUAGCAGCUGUUCCAGAUAACAGUAUCCGCGUCUUCAUCACAGAGAGAAUCAUCCACUUCAGACCAUACACCUACCAACCACGUCCACAAUCAUUCUUCGACUGGAACGACACUCGCUCUCGUCUUUUCUUCUGA